ACGAGUCAAUGAAACAAAAUAUUUGCAGAAAGAGUUUUUAGUAAAAAUGAACGACACUAGCGUUGCUUUACAAAAAGUUAAUUUAAGAAGAUUGCAUCCAUAUUUGGAUAAUAUUUUAAUUGUUGGGAUAAUUAUUGGUAAACAAAGACCACGUAAAUUUCUUGACAAAAAGUCAUCUGUUGAAGUUUAUAGAGGGGUUUGGAAUUUCACUCUCCGUGACUCUCCGCAAGACUACAUAAAUAUUACUUAUUGGGGACCUAGCGAAGUGAUAUUUCAGGCAAACGAAAAGUUUCGUACUGGAGAUGUUGUUGAAAUCAUUAAUCCCAAAAUAAACGUAAGAAUAUUGAAUGAUACUAGUGAACAAUUUCGUCCUAUGGUAACUUCGCCUUAUAAUCUUACCCUCAAUGAAAAAUCAUCUAUUGUUCAUCAUGCUGGAAUGUCAGUGGACUACCUACCUCUGCUCAAAUUCCCAACAAAACCCAUUGCCGGAUUUUUGCCCCUUCGAGAUAUUCAUAACAGUGGAGCAUCAAUAAAAGAUUUUAUUGAUGUUUUGGCGGUAGUUCGAGGCUUGGGACAAGUUCGAACGAUAACCUCGAAAACAAAUGAGAUUAUGCUGGUUCGUACUGUGGAAGUGUUUGAUCACACAUGUCCCAGUUUGAAAAUAGAUAUUUGGGAUCCUGACAUUAUAAACAGGUCAGAAAAAUGGACACCUCGUUUCACUGCCUUAUUUUUUACCGACUUGAUCGUACUGUGGUCAAACUUUCAAAGACAGUUUAUUGCCAAAGUAUCUAAUCGUACUAUAGUUACUGAGAAUCCCGAAGGUAAAGAAGUUCAGCUACUGCUUGAUUAUGCAAAAGAUGCUCCUAUUGAAACUUUUGAGAUUGUAGAUCAGUUCUUAACCACAUUACCAGACCCUAGUACAAUUCGUGAUAUAAUGAGCGUGAAACAAAUUCAAGAUAAAAUAAAUGCCAGUCUACAAGAGGUCAGAUCUGGAAGUAAGCAAUUUACGGCAUUGCUUUUUGCAUUUGUCUCCAACCUGGAUUUGGAUGGUCUUUCACAAACACUAAUGAUAACAUGUGGAAAAUGCAAGAUGCCGAUUAAAGGUUCUCUUUGUGAAAAUUCCGAAUGUUCAACAGUAUAUGAAAAUGAGGUAAUUGAUCCAGAAUUCAAAUUUGAUAUUAAAAUCACUUUAUCUGAUCAUACUGGAACACUGACCAAUUGCCGAUUUAGGGGAGAAGUUGUUGAACAAGCAUUGAGUUGUACAGCUCGUGAUUUUUCGAAUAUGUCAGAUGAUGAAAAGUCCAUGUUAAAAUGGAAAUAUUUAAUGGAGCGAUGUGCUGUUCAUAUUGCAGUAAUAUUCGUUGGAAAUCAAUAUCCUGUAGUUUCUGUUGUGAACAUUCGUUUAGCAGAUCCUGUAGAAGUCGGAAGAAGCCUGCCAGUUUAUUAGUUAACCUUACUUGAAAAUGUUGAAAAUUCAGUUUAUUAGUCAAUCAUACUUGAAAAUGUUGAAAAUUCGGUUUAUUAGUUAAUCAUACUUCAAAAUGUUAAAAAUUCAGAACUUGGUUUAAAUUUUAAGAUAUGUAACUGUUUCUCAUUAGUAAAAUAAAGAAUUAAAUAUUCUC